CAACGCGGCAGCCAAUAUCAACGGAAGAGGCGGGAACGGCUGGAAAUCCCGGGAGGGCUGUGAGUUUGCGGAGGGGAGAGUCGGAGCUGCUGUGAAGGGGCAAGAUGUCGGAAAGGAAAGUGUUAAAUAAAUACUACCCACCGGACUUUGAUCCAUCGAAAAUCCCCAAGCUUAAACUGCCAAAGGACCGACAAUAUGUGGUGCGGCUGAUGGCUCCUUUUAACAUGCGCUGCAAGACGUGUGGCGAGUACAUCUACAAGGGCAAGAAGUUCAAUGCCCGGAAGGAGACGGUCCAAAACGAAGCCUACCUGGGGCUGCCCAUCUUCCGCUUUUACAUCAAAUGCACCCGCUGCCUGGCGGAAAUCACCUUCAAGACAGACCCCGAGAACACCGACUACGCGAUGGAGCACGGAGCCACGCGGAACUUCCAAGCGGAGAAGCUGCUGGAGGAGGAGGAAAAGCGGUUGCAGAAGGAACGAGAAGAUGAAGAACUGAACAACCCAAUGAAGGUUUUGGAGAACAGAACCAAAGACUCCAAGCUAGAGAUGGAGGUUCUGGAGAACCUACAGGAGCUGAAGGAGCUGAACCAGCGCCAGGCCCAUGUGGACUUUGAAUCCAUGCUGAAGCAGUAUAAGGAUUACGAAGAAGAGCAGAAGCGGCUGGCGGUGGAGGAGGACGAGAGGGAGAUGAGAGCUAUGCUGGAUCAAGCGCAGGCCAGGCGGCUGCUGGAAGACUCUGAUUCCGAUGAAGACCCCGCUCAGGUGCCCCCUGCAAAGACGUCAAGGAAGGCGAAGCCCACGGACAUCUUGCAGGAGGAUCCAGAGCCUCAGGCCAAGAAGCUGAAGGUGGAAUGUUGGGAAAGGAGCAUCGGCCAGCUGUCCAGCAAGGCCACCCUCUCAGGACUGGUGGCCACCAAGAGGAAGGCGGAUCAGGGCACCACCAACGGGCCGGGGGGUUCAGGUGUCGAGAGUCAGAGCACGCAGAUCCAAAACGCUUCCCUGCCUCCGGGGUCAAGAACACUGGGCUCUUCGCUGAGCCUCCUGGGAGCCUACUCGGACAGCGAGGACAGUGUGAGCGACUGAGCGUCCCCAGACCGGAAGCAGAGGCGCUGAGCCCGUGGCCCCGACUUUGGAUCCGGUUGCUGACGGAGAGGGGCGAAAGAAGACUUUCAGCCAGCUACAUGGGGCAUGUCCGUUUUUUCCCUUUCUCGGACACUCAGCCGUGAAAAUGGGCUCGUGGUUUUCUUCUGAUCUGACCCCGUGUGCCGCUCCUCGGUCUGCCCACCCCUCCGAUUCUCCUAUCAGUUGGGUAGACCCCUCAGCAGGAAACCAGCCUUUUGAUGGAGGGACCGACCGACCAACGCUUGUGGUGCUUGUGGUUUGUUCAACCGUGCUUGUGGUAUGUUCAGCUAAGUUGCUGUUGGCCUUUUAGAGGGAAGCAUGACCAGUGCGUAGCCCGCUGUGGCCCCAAGCACGGUUGAGGACGUCAGACUGACGAAGUGAGGAAAUUGACCCGUCGCAGUUAGUAAGACUUUUCCAGCCAACAGCUCCCGAAGACCAGUAGAGCUCCAUUCCAUCAGCUCCUAAUUGGGGCCAAUUCCCCACUCGCCUUAUGCCGCCCUCACUCUCUUCUUCUCAGCGGGGCAUCCGUCAGAUUUCACACUAUCUGCCCCGGGCGGCGGGGGGGGGGGGCUGCAACUCGCCCCGCCUCUUCCACGCAGCAAACCAGAUCCUCUAAAAACUGGUUCCUGUUUCCCGCAAGAAAAAGGCGAAGUGAAUUGCGGCCCCGGAGCAGAUAGUGCGAAACCCGACGGAAGCCCCGCGGAGAAGAGGAGCGUGAGAGCGGCAUAAAGCAAGUGGGGAAUCCAUCUUGGGCUCAACAAAAUAGAACAAAGUGCUUCCAAAAGCCACGUUUUGUUCUAGAGGGAUUCUAAAGGAAACGGGAAUUAGCACGUUCCCAUAAAUCAGGGGUGGCCAACGGCAGCUCUCCAGAUGUUUUUUGCCUACAGCUCCCAUCAGCCCCAGCCAGCAUGGCCAACGGCUGGGGCUGAUGAGAGUUUUAGGCAAAAAAAAAUCUGGAGAGCUACCCUUGGCCACCCCUGCCAUAAAUGAGUCGUUCAUUCAACCCAUAAAAGUCAGGAGUGGGGGGGGGGCGUUGAGAGGUGAAAGGAGGGCAAGUAUGCUUGUUCUGUCACACCCUUCUCCCCUCCGUAUUGCAUAUAUCAGGGAUUGGGCGAUGAAUCUAAUUUAUAAAUAAAGAUGUGGAUUUUAACAUUCAAGUAAACAGAUCGA